AUGCCUCAGAUUACAAAAUUUUAUUUUGAACGCUUUCACAAAGAAUUUAUAUGGACAGUUUUCGGUGUACAAGACUAUGAAUUUCCACAAAACUUCUCUCUGAAAACCGAAAGCUUUCCUUUCGAACUUACUGACGAAUCAUGGUUCAUUAAGUUGAUCAAAGUUGAUAGAAAUUUAUCCUUCUCUGUUGAAUGCGAAAAUUUCCCAAGUUCCAUUCUUAACCUCGAUGUGAAAAUCAUUGUUGAACCUGAAAAUGAAUAUUCUAUAGAUGAAGUGGUGUUUUCACCGGAAUUCUGCUCAGAAUAUUUCAGCCUCGAUCAUACAGCAAUGUCGUUUCAGUUCAAAAUUUCUUAUGGGGUCUUUUGCGCAUCUACAGUAACGGAAAUGGAAACUCUAGACGAAACUGACGAAAAUGAUAUUUAUGACAUCAUUGAAACUCCUAACGCUUCUUCAGAAGAACUAGAAGUCGUUUCCAUCGACGAUGAAGAAGUGGAUCAUAAUUCGAAUAUUAUGACUGCAGUGAAUGAACCAGCUGAUGACGAUGAUCAUCAAGAAGACUACUUCAAUUGGAUUGUAAACCUUUGGGAUGAAGAAAACAGCACAACAAGCGAAGAGAGUGAACAGGAAGCAAUUGACGAUGUUGAAGAAGAAGAAAUUGAAGAAUCUUUAGUAGAAGACCAAAAUGGAAAUGCUUCGUGGUCCAGGGAAGCGUCAUCAAUUGAGGAGGAAUGGGAAAGACAAGCAGAAAUGAUCAUCGAUCCCAAAAUACAUGAGUAUACUCAACAAGCAUUUGAACAUAUUCCAGUGUUCCUUGACAUCAUCAAUGACGAAAAGCCGGAAAAAUGGGAAUAUCUUCAAAGCUUAUGGAGAGAUUUGAACGGUGUGGGGAUACCAGUUGAAUAUAUCAAUGUUUGGGAAUCCGUUUUGUACGACCACAUAACUCUAGAAAAUUUCUUUAACAUGCUGAAGUUAGCAAAUAUUUGCAACUUGGAAGGAUUGAGAGAUUUUAUUAUCACCGAUUUCAUUUCUGAAUAUGACAAUGAAGAGUUGCUUAACUCAGAUGGUUGGAAAAAAUUAGAAUUAGCAGAGAAUCGUGAAUUCUACAAAGUAAUAAUGGUGAAGUUGAUUAAAUCAAAAAGAUAA